AUGCUGGAUUACAAAACAUCCGCUCUCAUCAUGAAGGGUCUCAGAGACCUGAUGAUAAAGUGUGAGGAUAUAGCGGAUUAUGACUCGCGCAAGGGAAUUCGCAAAACCGUUCAAAAGGAAACACGAAAGUUUCUCUUGUUCCAAGCACAGUCAAAACUUCUGCCCAAUCUACGAGAGCAUCUCGGCGAUCUGUUCGAGUCACUAGAGCUAGACAAUCUCCACAGAGGAUCACAUCCGAACCUUCCUCAUAAUGCUCUAGCGCUCAUCUCGCGGCUUAGUCAAACCGUGGAUCAGUUCGCAGAUUUUGUGGAAGAGAUUAUUGCCAUUGCCUCAAUCUAUUCACCCCAUGAAUUCAUGAAAAACGACCGCGAUUGCGGGGGUUCCAAGGCCUGUUUCAUUCUCGACUGGCCGCCUUCGAGGGAACAACUGAGCAGUUCGGCCGAUCAAUCAAUACUAACUCGCCGCAGAGAGUCGACAAUCACUGCAAUCAACGGUCUAAUCGACUACUCCAAGCGAUCCGAUUUUUUUAUUCUCCAAGGCCAUUGGCAGAGCCGUGGAGAUUAUCUUGGUGGUUAUCUGGAAAGCCUAACUAGAAACGUCAUUCUACCAAGCCGUUUGAAACCAGCUCACAUACCCCAUGAUGAGCAUACCUCGACUCCGAUUCGAAGUGACGAUCAACCUGAAACCAUCCGCAAUCCCGGUGGCACAUCUCAGAAUACCUCGCCAAGGUUCCAUGUUGUUCAACUUGCUGAAUCGAUCAUAGCAUUUAUCAAAUUGACCAGAAUACUUUCCAACAAACUUUCCAACACUCCAUCAAGUAAAUCACCAUUUACUAUUGAGCGUAAGAUAUGUUCAUAUGAGAUGAUAUUACUGGAAACUAAAGUUAUAAACCUCUAUAGCGGUAUCCAACGUAUUGCGACCGGUGUGCAAUGGCUGUACAUGAAUGCUGGGUGGCAUGCUUCGAUAGAUCGUAUACAGAAUUGCUUUAAUCAACUCAUUAAUCAUUUUCAUUCAACUGUUGAAUUAUUAAGCUUUUAUCUUGUCCCCUUGAAUGCUACAGUAGAUCUUUCCCCCUCUGAUAAUUUUGUCAAAACUUGGCUUUUUACAUUAAGAGAACAAUUUCAUUUGGCUAGUAAAAUUUGUUUAAGUGCUCUAGACAAUCUUAAAAAGGUUAUGUAG